AUGCGCUUGCGCUACCCUCUUCCACCGCCACCUCCGCCUGGAUUUAUGGACCCCAUCUCUCCUCCCCUUCCUAUGCCCCAUGCUGCUUCCUCGUCUAUGCCCGGUACUGUCCCCCUCUCCUUUCCCCCCUGGGACGGCCACAUGUACCCCCCCGGCAUUCAUGGACCUCCCUUCAAGCCAUACCACCCCCUUGGUGGCGGUUCCUACAGUCCAGCUGGCCCCCCGCCUUCGGCCCUCGGUUUCGAGCCCAUGGCCCCUCUGCCCAUGACCACCUCCAGCAUUGAGAUGCCCCCCUCUUCUCCCAUGGGUCCGCCCCCUGUUCACCUUUCAUGCGUUCCACCCCCACCCCUUGAUGAGCUUUGCUCCUCCUCAGCAUCACCUCGCCCUCACCCCUUCGUCUCUCAGACGACUCUGUUUAUCCAUUGCAUCGAUGAUGACGGACAAAACGAAACCGAGAACAAGAUUGCCGAAAUUCUCGAGCGGCAGAACAUCAGGCCCCUUUCGAUUACGCUCAUGCCGGCAGUUCACCCACUGGACCGCAUUUAUCCAGACGACCACUACUCUUGGAUGCCCAAACAUGGUCACAUCACCUUUGAAGGGCGCAUGCAGGCCGAGAAGGCUCUAUCCAUCCUCCAAGUUCAUCCUUAUCUUCUAGGCCAGCUCCACAUGAAGAUGUCGCCCUUUACGGACCCCCGUGCACCCAUGCCGUGCACUAAUGUGGCACCCCGCAUCAUCCGCCCUGUAGACGACACCGCCGUCCUCAAACUCCUCACUGAAGGCCAGGUCUGGGACAGUGCGCGUUCCUGGGGCUCCAUCAAGAAGAUCGUAGUCAGCUACGACAAGGACGGCCCUAUCAAGCCCGUGAUACCCUGGAAGGCCGUCAUCCACUUUUGGCACGAGGACGAGGCGGCCAAGUUUGAAAGUGACACGAACGCUACUGGCCUCUUGUGUGGAAUUAAUGUGUGA